UGUGAACUUGGGGUAUAAAGCUAUAUGUAAGGUGUGAACUGAUUAUUAUACGCUGUCAGGGGAACUUACAAGUGUACAGUUAUAAAAGUUACGACUUUUUUCUUAAAUUAUAAAAGAAGUAAUCAGAAAUAACUCAACGUUGAAUAAAUCUAUCGCUCACUUUUAUAACUGCUAAAGGCGACUGCCACUUUUGUGCUAUUAAAGAAUACUGAGUGCUUGCUUGUUACAAUGUUUAACGAUAGCAAAAAGUUGACUGUGAUAUUAGUUGGGCUGCCGGGAAGUGGCAAAACUUGUAUAGCAAAAAAGUUAAGUCGUUAUUUGAACUGGAAAGGCUGCUUUACUAAAAUUUUCUGUCCAGAUUUAUAUCUUCAGAAGUUAAAAGUUUUAGAAUCCAAAACCUCCUGCAUGGAUGGACAGGAGGAAAAAGAUUGGAAUACUUUAUCAAUGGCAGAGUGUUUGAAGGAUUUAAUAUGUUGGUUAAAAAAUAGUUUGGAAGCUAAAGUGGCCAUAUUAGAUAGUGAGAAUUUGCUUCGAGAUCAGCGGGCUUUAUUAAAAAAAAAGUUAGAAACCGAAACAGGAAGUUCUAUUUUAUUUAUAGAGAGUGUUUGUAACAUUAAUCAAAUUUUGGUUGAUGGCGAAAACACGUUUGCUUGUGAGCGACGGGUUCAACAAUACCAGCUGCGUUAUGAAUCUCUGGAUGAGCUACUUGAUCCCAAUUAUUCUUUUUUAAAGCUAUUCGAUGUGAAUAAGUCAAUUGUCACGCGUAACGUCGAAGGUCACAUCAGUGCUCUAAUUGUUUAUUUUUUGAUUAAUGCCCGGUUUCACUCGAGGACUCUCUACUUUUCUCGCCACGGCGAAAGUGAAUACAAUCUUCAAGGAAUUUUAGGAGGUGAUUCUGAUUUGAGUUUGAGAGGCGUUGAGUACGCCUCGAAGCUUCACGAGUACUUCACGGGAGUCAAAAUUGAAAAUCUUCAAGUGUGGACGUCCCCUUUGAAACGCGCGAGACAAACAGCACAACUUUUCGAAGAAAAAGCUAAAAUCUGGAAAUGUUUAGAAGAAAUUAAAGCUGGAAUAUGCGAAGGGAUGACUUAUCAGCAGAUAUCGGAGUUAUACCCCGAAGAGUUCAGAUCACGUGAGAAGGACAAGUACAACUACCGCUACCCACGUGGAGAGUCUUAUUAUGACGUCGUUGUCCGCUUGGAGCCAAUCAUGCUGGAGCUUGAAAGAGCCAACAAUGUUUUAAUCAUUGGGCAUCAAGCCGUCCUCCGGUGUAUACUCGCCUACUUUCUCGGAAAGUCGACCGAAGAAUUGCCUUUUAUGGAAGUCCCUCUCCACUCAGUUCUAAAGAUAUCCGCCAUGGCCGACGACUACCACAUGCAAACUAUUUCGUUAAAUAUAAGCGCUGUUAGCACGCAACUUCCCUUCAACGCAAAUUUGUAGUUUCGCAUUUACUUUAUUUUUUUUAUAAUUCUUUUUUAGAGACAAAAAAUAUUUUAUUGUUCCGUUAACAUAAAUUUAAAGCAGACAUAUAAAUUUAAUUGAAAUU